AAGCGUAAAUGGGUACUUUUUAAAACGUGAACUAUUCAUUUUGUUUGCAACAAAAAGAGGGGUCGGGUAUCCUGUGUACUUUGUCCCAGUCCUAGACGGUAGUUUCCGGGAUCAGCCCAUCACAGCCCAUCCCUUUCAGCUAUCAGCAGCACAGAUUCGGUAUGGAUAACAACAUGAGCAUAAAUCAACGUCCUAAAAACUCUAGAAAACUAUGUGAGAUAGACCAAACUCAAGCUGUCAUACAACAACUGGACAAGUUGCGUCGCUCUGGGCUCUUGUGUGAUGUGACUAUUGUUGUGAAUGGCCGUGAAUUCCCAGCGCAUCGCGCCGUCCUCGCAGCAAGCGGAGGCUUCUUCGCUGGACUGUUCGCCUCAAACAUGCAAGAGAACUCUCAAAACAUCGUAAACUUGGGAGAGAUCGACCCUGAAGUCACCGAAGAUGUGCUAACCUUCAUUUACACGGGGCAAAUCGAGCUGACAACGGAAAAUGCCGUAGCCAUUUUGAAAGCAGCAGACUUUUUGUUACUAGAGACACUGAAAUCCCCAGUCGAUAGCUUCCUAGCUUCAAUGUGUCAGCAUAUAUCAGCUAAUCCUUUACGUAGCUACGGGAUCGCGUUGGACUAUAAGUCCCCACUGUUCAAGACAACCGCUCUGGAUCUUGUGUGUGCAGAUUUCCUCGAUGUUAUCAAGUCUAAUGAGUUCUUGGAAAUCAGUACAGAAAGUAUUCAAGAGAUCUUUUCCAGUGAUGACUUACUUGUCAAUAGCGAGGAAGAGGUUUUCCAUGCGCUCCUUAAGUGGGUUAAGCAUAAUCGAGGAGAUAGAGAGCCUCUUUUCCCCACUCUUUUUCCUUUGAUUCGUUCUCUUAGUGAGGAGUUCCUUAAGAGUGUUGUCUUCUCGGAACAGCUUGUGUUUGCCCAACCUAAAUGUCUCGGACAUGUUUUGGACUGCAUCACGAAUGAACCAAGACCAAGAGACUGUCUUGAUAGAGAAGAUGCUGUCUCAUCAAAUUAGAUAUACCACAUACCACAAGUCUAUCCAUGCAAACACCCGCCUGUGGCCUACCAACAGAAUAUCCUGGACAACCUUUCCUAACAAACAUAAACUUAGAACAUUUGCUAAAUACAGUAUAGAUAUAUAUUUUUAACACCUGGAAUGUAUCAGAGUAAACUAUGUAGCAAAGGUGAAAGGAAUAAUGCACACAACAUCUGCAACAGUUCUACCUUAUGUACGUAAGCUUCUACUCGUUGACUUAGACCCCAAACAUCAAAUGAGACAUUGACGAGCUUGUAAGAGCACAUAAUUGGGUCACUAGUAUCCUGUAGAGAGAAUUGAAGGAUAAUCAGUACAGACUUGUCAGACAGUAUUAUAAAGAUCAGUGCAGGUAUACUACAUAAUUCAACAGUAAUGUUGACUGGUGGCCAUGAGGGCUGAGAUUAUACCAUGAUACAUUACGUAAAAAUACCUAAUGUUGACCUUUUAAUUAUUUAUGUAUUUAUUUAAAAAUGAAGAAAUGCUCCAUAAAGACUGAAAAACUCCGCCUUAGCAAGCUCGUAUACCAUAUAUAGCAGGACUAUUGUAAAGCAUUUCUGUUUUCUGUCACUUUUCCUCAACACCAACAGCCACUUUGUUAUUUGUCUUUUCCUGCAUUUCUUUUUCAUAUUCUCGAACAUCAUUGAUAUCCAUUUCUAGUAGAAUAAUACAAAAGAACAAGUGCCCAACAUUAGUCAGGGUGACAAUAAAUGGUAACCUUUAAA